CGGAAAUGGUUGUGUAGGUGAAAACCAGCCCCUUCCGGUUGCUUAAUUCUAGCAAGAUGGCGGCGUCCAGGGCGUCCCUGCACCAAGUGGCCCGCAACAGUGCUACCAGCAGCAUCCGUGCCCUGAGCAGGGCAGUGGACCCAGAGGGCAGUCAGAGGAAGGGGAGGACACUGCUCCAGUUCCUGGCUGACCACUUCUGUGACGUGGAGGCUGUCAGGGAGUAUCUGCUACGGAAGCAAGCGUUGAAGGUGCACCAAAAAAACCGGUCCUUCACCUACAUCAAGGAGCGAUACGGCCCGUACGUCGCAGGAGCCUAUUUCGUCCUGAAGCAGGGAGGUGCAGUCAAGUUUCAGGACAAUGAGUGGAUACGGUCAGGGCGCGGCCUCUCCUCUCUUGAGUUCCGGAAGUUCCGGGAGGUGCCAGUACAAGCUGUCGAUGCCAGUGGCUGUGCCAUCAACUACCAAGGCCUAGACAACCUCUUGGCCCUGAAGGAGCUCCAGUCCCUAUCGCUGCAGCGCUGUCCUCACGUGGACGACUGGUGCCUCGGCCGCCUCCACCAGCUGGCCGACUCCUUGCAAGAGCUCUCACUGGCCGGUUGCCCCCGAGUCUCUGAACGAGGCCUAGCCUGCCUCCACCACCUCCAGAACCUCCGCAGGCUGGAUAUCUCUGACCUUCCUGCUGUGUCCAGUCCGGACCUCACUCAGAUUUUGGUGGAGGAGAUGCUGCCCAACUGUGACGUUCGGGGGUCUGACUGGGCCCAGGGCCUCAAGUUGGGGCUGGAGGAACAGUCCCGGGACCCAGCCAGCAGCCCGGUCCCUGCCUAGCCUCAGCCCCCUCUCAGCAGGCUGACAGCUACUUGUGGCCUCCACCGGAGUGGGAUGAGGGGCAGUGGCCUCCACCUCAGUGGGAUGAGGGGCACUGGCAGGUCGAAGGAGAGCGGGCUAUACCCUGGGCUGACGUUCACAGGCUGUCCACACACUCCUUUCUUUCCCAGUUCCAGGGACCUCCUCCUACCGCCUCAGGUCUAGGGCUUCUGGCUACAAGUAGCUCUCCCUUGUGGUUUCCCCACACCACGCCCACCUGUGUGUCAGGCAACUUAACUUGUGAGAUUAGCCCACCUGAUUGUGCUGCCUUUUCCAGCUAGGGGGUGCUACUUGGAUUGUUUGGGUUUUGUUGUUUUUGUUUUUUUUUUGCUUUUUAGGGCCACACCUGCAGCAUUUGGAAGUUCCCAGGCUAGGGGUCAUACCAGAGCUACAGCUGCUGACCUACACCACGG